AUGUUCAAGGAGCGGGCUCCACCUCCACCACCACGAAGAAUGAAUCAGCUCUCUCGGAGAGAUGGCUGGGUGGCAGCAGGAUCUGUGAAAGUUGGCUCUGAAGGUAUCCCCGGGGCUGACCCGCCCUGCGGCAGCCGCUGUGGGGGUAACCUGGGCAGGGAUGCCCUCAGCCUUGCCGGCGGCAAGGCAGUGCUGCCGCUGCGCCUGUGCGUGCGCGCCGGCCUCCUGCUGGCCAAGUUCCUCCCGCUGCUGCUGCUCUACCCGCUCACCUACCUGGCUCCCGGCCUGGCCGCGCUCUGGCUCCAGCUGCUCCUGAAAGCCACCGAGACCUCGGGCCCCACGUACAUCAAGCUGGGCCAGUGGGCCAGCACCCGGCGCGACCUCUUCUCCGAGGACUUCUGCGCCCGGUUCUCCAAGCUGCACGUGCAGGUGGCGCCCCACCCCUGGGCGCACACCGAGCGCUCGCUGCUCGAGGCCUUUGGGAAGGACUGGGGCCACGUCCUCUGUUUCGAGACCCAGAAACCUGUGGGCUCCGGCUGUGUGGCCCAGGUGUACAAGGCGUUCGCCAGCCCGGCCCUGCUGGGAAAGGCCGGCGGCCGGCGACCCCGCGAUGCCGCCGCGGCUCCCGGGCUGCUCACCAGGUGCCGGGAGGCCUUUGGGCAGCUUGGGCAUGAGUGGAAGGCUCCGGGAAAUCUUGCGGACCAGUCGCUUCUCGAAAAGCUGCUGCUUCCUGACGCUGACGGGGUUGGAUCCGAGGUAGCAGGGUCACAGGUGCGCGGCGGCCCGCCCCGGCCCGGCCAGCUCAUCCCCGUGGCCGUGAAAGUGCUGCACCCUGGCCUGCUCUCUCAGGUGCAGAUGGACUUGCUGCUGAUGAAGAUUGGCAGCCGAGUCCUUGGGCUUUUGCCAGGCAUCAAAUGGCUUAGCUUGCCUGAAGUUGUGGACGAGUUUGAGAAGCUCAUGGUCCAACAGAGAGUGCAGCAGUGGGCAGGUUUGCAGAAGCUGGGUGCCAGCUCCUCUCUCUAUCCGCUGAUUGAAGGAGUUAAGUCUCCAGGAUUUGUGUUUGUGUUUCGAAAGUGCUUUAGUCUGUGCAGGCUGCUUGUAACAAAAUAUUAUAGACCAGGGAGCUUAGAAGCUACAGUCCCAUGGGGUGGCCGGCAGGGUAACGCUGUUCUCUCCUGGGCUUUCUCCAAGGAGAGCGUGCCUGUGUCCAGCUACCAGCAGGCAGGGAUUCCCGAGGACCUGAAGAGGAAGAUUGCAUGGCUGGGGAUCAACAUGCUCCUGAAGAUGAUCUUUGUGGAUAACUUUGUGCACGGGGACCUUCACCCGGGGAACAUCCUGGUCCAGGGUGCUGAUGGACUGUCCCCAAGCCAGGAGGAGCAGCUGCAGCAGGUGGAAGUUGGUGACACGCUGACGGUGGCCAUGGUGCCCGGCCUACGCCCCCUGCGACUGGUGCUGCUGGAUGCUGGCAUUGUGUCUGAGCUGCAGGCCUCUGACCUGAGCAAUUUCCGGGCAGUUUUUCUGGCCGUGGUGAUGGGGCAGGGCCAAAAAGUGGCUGAGCUCUUCCUGCGUCAUUCCCGGGCCAAUGAGUGCAAGGACGUGGAGAGGUUCAAGGCUGAGAUGGCCACGCUGGUGACCCAGGCCAGGAAGAACAUCAUUGCCUUGGAACAGCUACAAGUUUCUAAACUUCUCUCCAAUGUCUUUAAGCUACUGAUGAUUCACAAGGUAAAGCUUGAGAGUAAUUUUGCUUCAAUUGUGUUGGCCAUUAUGGUGCUGGAGGGGCUCGGCCGCUCACUGGACCCCCAGCUGGACAUCCUGGAGGCAGCGAAGCCUUUUCUUCUCAAAGGAUCAGUAUCUAUCUUCUGACCUGGGCAGUGGGCAGGACAUGAAGGCUGCUGCCAAAGGCCUGGCCUGUGGUAGCUGGUGGUCUAGAACCUGAACUGUUUUCUGGGCUGUGAAAAGCUUUGGGUUAAGUGGGAAUAAUGGGAAGAAGGCUCUGUCUAUGCAUUUGGGGAGUGGGGCCUGGUGCUGGGGGCACCAUUCUAGUGAAAAUAUCCUACCCAAGUGGAUGAAUAGAAUGUUAUUUGUUUGAUUGCUUUUAUCUUGUUUAAAUUUUCCACACUCUUUGG